CUCGGGCGGCCUCGGGCUGCAGUGCCGCUGCCCAGCGCCCGGGAGCCGGGCUGGCCGGCGUGCCUCGCCGCUUAUCUGCGCUGUUUGGCCAGCGAGGGUUGGAAAGGCAGGCUUUUCUGUCCCCGCCGAGUCAACAGGCAGACCCCGGGCCGCCGGACUAUUUCUGUCUUAUCAGUGCAGGAAUGCUGCAGCCGCGGCGGCGGCGGCGGCGGCGGCGGCGGCGGCGGCGGGCGGGCGGCGGCGGCGUGGGCCGUGGGCCGUCAGGGCAGCCCUGAAGGGGCCCCCUCCCCACUCCGCUCGAGUAGAAGUGUGAGAGAGCCCAGCAGGACUCAGAGGGGAGAGUUGGAGGAAAAAAAAAAAAGGCAGAAAAGGGGAAGAAAGAGGAAGAGAGAGAGAGAGAGAGAGAGUGAGAGGAGCCGCUGAGCCCACCCCGAUGGCCGCGGACGAAGUUGCCGGAGGGGCGCGCAAAGCCACGAAAAGCAAACUUUUUGAGUUUCUGGUCCAUGGGGUGCGCCCCGGGAUGCCGUCUGGAGCCCGGAUGCCCCACCAGGGGGCGCCCAUGGGCCCCCCGGGCUCCCCGUACAUGGGCAGCCCCGCCGUGCGACCCGGCCUGGCCCCCGCGGGCAUGGAGCCCGCCCGCAAGCGAGCAGCGCCCCCGCCCGGCCAGAGCCAGGCCCAGAGCCAGGGCCAGCCGGUGCCCACCGCCCCCGCGCGGAGCCGCAGUGCCAAGAGGAGGAAGAUGGCUGACAAAAUCCUCCCUCAAAGGAUCCGGGAGCUGGUCCCAGAGUCCCAGGCUUACAUGGACCUCCUGGCCUUUGAGAGGAAACUGGAUCAAACCAUCAUGCGGAAGCGGGUGGACAUCCAGGAGGCUCUGAAGAGGCCAAUGAAGCAAAAGCGGAAGCUGCGUCUUUAUAUCUCCAACACUUUUAACCCUGCGAAGCCCGAUGCUGAGGAUUCUGAUGGCAGCAUUGCCUCCUGGGAGCUGCGGGUGGAGGGGAAGCUCCUGGAUGACCCCAGCAAGCAGAAGCGGAAGUUUUCUUCCUUCUUCAAGAGUUUGGUCAUUGAGCUGGACAAAGACCUUUACGGCCCUGACAACCACCUAGUGGAGUGGCACCGGACGCCUACCACGCAGGAGACGGAUGGGUUCCAGGUGAAGAGGCCGGGGGACUUGAGCGUGCGCUGCACGCUGCUCCUGAUGCUGGACUACCAGCCUCCCCAGUUCAAACUGGAUCCCCGCCUGGCCCGCCUGCUGGGGUUGCACACACAGAGCCGCUCAGCCAUCGUCCAGGCCCUGUGGCAGUACGUGAAGACCAACAGGCUGCAGGACUCGCACGACAAGGAAUACAUCAACGGGGACAAGUAUUUCCAGCAGAUUUUUGAUUGUCCCCGGCUGAAGUUUUCUGAGAUUCCCCAGCGCCUCACAGCUCUGCUAUUGCCCCCUGACCCAAUUGUCAUCAACCACGUCAUCAGCGUGGACCCAUCAGACCAGAAGAAGACGGCGUGCUAUGACAUUGAUGUGGAGGUAGAGGAGCCACUGAAGGGACAGAUGAGCAGCUUCCUCCUGUCCACAGCCAACCAGCAGGAGAUCAGCGCCCUGGACAGUAAGAUCCAUGAGACGAUUGAGUCCAUAAACCAGCUCAAGAUCCAGAGGGACUUCAUGCUAAGCUUCUCCAGAGACCCCAAAGGCUACAUCCAAGACCUCCUCCGCUCCCAGAGCCGGGACCUCAAGGUGAUGACAGAUGUGGCAGGCAACCCUGAGGAGGAGCGCCGGGCUGAGUUCUACCACCAGCCCUGGUCCCAGGAAGCCGUCAGCCGCUACUUCUACUGCAAGAUCCAGCAGCGCAGGCAGGAGCUGGAGCAGUCCCUGGUUGUGCGCAACACCUAGGAGCCUUGUGCGAGCACCAAACACCAAUGCGGGCCUCAGGCCCUGCCCUGUGCCCUAGGGCUCUGCCAUCACUCGGACAGACGCCUCGCCUCACCUCUCUCGCCUCUCUCGGGUGAGGCAGGGACUGGAUUAAAGGUGUUCACCUGA